CAUUGGCUUUCCCACAGGUGACAUGUGGUCCUUGGUGUCAUCAUGUACAUCCUGCUGUGUGGGUAUCCCCCCUUCUAUUCCAACCACGGCCUUGCCAUCUCUCCGGGCAUGAAGAGUCGCAUCCGAAUGGGCCAGUAUGAAUUUCCCAACCCUGAAUGGUCAGAAGUAUCAGAGGAAGUGAAGAUGCUCAUCCGGAACCUGCUGAAAACAGAGCCCACUCAGAGGAUGACCAUCACGGAGUUCAUGAACCCACCCCUGGAUCAUGCAAUCAACGAAGGUCCCUCAAACCCCACUGCACACCAGCCGCGUCCUGAAGGAGGACAAGGAGCGGUGGGAGGAUGUCAAGGUGAGGGGAACCGCUGCCCGGAGGGGCUGGGGAGGCGGCUCGUGGGGGCGCCCAGGUGUGAGCAGGGGUGCUGGCCGGGGAGGGUUUGGUUCUGCAUCCUCUCAUGCCAGGAGAUGGCCGUCACAACAGCAACAGUGACUCUGAGCCACUUCCCUGGCCAGGUUGUGGGCAGAGGAUUCUGUGUUCCCGUCUAAACUGGGCCGUGGCUG